AGCGCGGCGGCAGCAGUAAUAGCAGGAGCAGCAACAGAAGGCGUCGGAGCGGGCGUCGGAGCUGCCCGCUAGGGGAAAGAGAAAGAGAGAGAGGGAGAGAAGCGGGGCGAGCAAGGAGAGAGAGCCCUAGGCGGAAAAGUAACUGUCAAAUGCGCGGCUCCUUUAACCAGAGCACCCAGUCCGGCUCCGAGAGUCAUGGCGACCGCAGCGUCUAACCACUACAGCCUGCUCACCUCCAGCGCCUCCAUCGUGCACGCCGAGCCGCCCGGCGGCAUGCAGCAGGGCGCAGGGGGCUAUCGCGAGGCGCAGAGCCUGGUGCAGGGCGACUACGGCGCGCUGCAGAGCAACGGGCACCCGCUCAGCCACGCUCACCAGUGGAUCACCGCGCUGUCCCACGGCGGCGGGGGCGGCGGCGGCGGCGGCGGUGGAGGAGGCGGGGGCGGCGGCGGGGGAGGCGGCGACGGCUCCCCGUGGUCCACUAGCCCCCUAGGCCAGCCGGACAUCAAGCCCUCGGUGGUGGUACAGCAGGGUGGCCGAGGCGACGAGCUGCACGGGCCAGGAGCGCUACAGCAACAGCACCAACAGCAGCAGCAGCAACAGCAACAGCAACAGCAGCAGCAACAGCAGCAGCAGCAACAACAACAACAGCGACCGCCACAUCUGGUGCACCACGCUGCCAACCACCACCCCGGGCCCGGGGCAUGGCGGAGUGCGGCGGCUGCAGCUCACCUCCCUCCCUCCAUGGGAGCGUCCAACGGCGGUUUGCUCUACUCGCAGCCCAGCUUCACGGUGAACGGCAUGCUGGGCGCAGGAGGGCAGCCGGCUGGGCUGCACCACCACGGCCUGCGGGACGCCCACGACGAGCCGCAUCAUGCAGACCACCACCCGCAUCCGCACUCUCACCCUCACCAGCAACCGCCCCCGCCACCUCCCCCACAAGGCCCACCGGGCCACCCAGGCGCACACCACGACCCGCACUCGGACGAGGACACGCCGACCUCAGACGACCUGGAGCAGUUCGCCAAGCAGUUCAAGCAGAGGCGGAUCAAACUAGGAUUUACUCAAGCAGACGUGGGGCUGGCGCUGGGCACCCUGUAUGGCAACGUGUUCUCGCAGACCACCAUCUGCAGGUUUGAGGCCCUGCAGCUGAGCUUCAAGAACAUGUGCAAGCUGAAGCCUUUGUUGAACAAGUGGUUGGAAGAGGCAGACUCGUCCUCGGGCAGCCCCACCAGCAUAGACAAGAUCGCAGCGCAAGGGCGCAAGCGGAAAAAGCGGACCUCCAUCGAGGUGAGCGUCAAGGGGGCUCUGGAGAGCCAUUUCCUCAAAUGCCCCAAGCCCUCGGCCCAGGAGAUCACCUCCCUCGCGGACAGCUUACAGCUGGAGAAGGAGGUGGUGAGAGUUUGGUUUUGUAACAGGAGACAGAAAGAGAAAAGGAUGACCCCUCCCGGAGGGACUCUGCCGGGCGCCGAGGAUGUGUAUGGGGGGAGUAGGGACACGCCACCACACCAUGGGGUGCAGACGCCCGUCCAGUGAACUCAAGAGGGGGAGGGGCAGAGCGUGGGGCUCCCCCUCCCUUUCGGUUCAUGGUCCUUCCCGGGACCUCUAUUCCCCCUCUAACUUCUGAUCUUUCUUUUUUUUUUAAAUUUUAUUUUUUAUUAUUAUUUUCCCGGUCCCUUAAAAAAGGAAAAAAAAAAAUAGUGAAAAUAAGGGAAAAGGAAGGAACGAAGACACUGGACUGUCCUAUAACAGGUAGCAGGUGUAAUGAUGGGUUUUGACCUUUGCAAACAAGUACCCAGAAAAGGAAGUGGAAUGUCUCUUAGUGAGAGAGAAGGGUGGUGUGUGAAUGUGUGUGUGUAUGUGUGUGUGUGUGUGUGUGUGUGUGUGUGUGAGAGAGAGAGAGAGAGAGAGAGAGAGAGAGAGAGAGAGAGGAGAAACUAAAUAAAUUACCAAAAAGAAAAAGAAGUCCACCAAACCAUACAAAACACAACACUGCAGCUUCCCAAUGCUCACAGUUGACACGUGCUGCUGUGUUUAUUUAACAUGGGUCCCCAUCAGGAAAGAGGGAAAAAUACACUUUUUUAAACAUAGGCAAAUUUUAACCACACAAAUUUGCACUGCAAGAAAAUUGAAGUUUACAUGAACAAAUUCAACAUUUUUUUUUCUCAAUACCCACUGCUAAUUCUGAAACCGUCCUGUUCAGUUUUGUUUUGCCUUACCCAGUGGAGAGGACAGAAGCCAGUUCUUGGCCACCCUCCUUUUCUAGUGUUCUGAUGUCCCUUGUUCUUAUUGCUUGUGAACUUUGGCUUUCUUCAAGUCCCCCAGACCUGGUGUAACAUUUAUGGCUCUUCACCCAAGUGAAGUGAUUGGCUUCAUAUAAAAUAAAUAAAUGUUUGCAUUCAGGAAAUGUGUAUGGUUUGCCCGCUUUAUGCAAGGCAGGAAUACUGUUUGCAAUAUAUAUGUAAGAGUCGAGCACUGCUUUUUGUAAACUACAAAGUAAACUUCAUUUUUAGGCAGUAUUUCUGGGUAGAGAAGAAAAAGAAAAAUCAAUAGUGAGUGACCGGUCACUUCAUUUUAUCAGGCAGGGCCGUUGUGAAAGAACUCAGAAGAAACGCUAGGUUAAAUAUAUUGCUAGAGUUGUCCAACAGAAAGAAACUGGGAACUCUGAAGAGAACUUGGAAACACACUGUGUAGUUCUCUGCUUUUGGGUUCAAUAACUUAAUUAUAAGGGAUUAGUUUUGAUGACAGCAGUGGUUAAACUUUGUCCCUCUACUAGGUCUUUUUUCUUUUUUAACAUAGAGAAAAUAACCCAGGAACUUGAUAACAUAUGCAUAGGCUGUGUUUCUUAGCACACAAAUGCAUACACCAUACAUGCAUAUAUAUACAUACAUGUGCAUAUAUGAGCGUAUAUAUAUAUAUAUGUGAUAGGCAGGUUUUGUCUUCAACAGUUCAUUUGUUUAUCAAGUCAUAUUUUGGGUCUUACAUCAUCUUCCCCCAUAAUUUAUUACAGAAAACUAUCAGUUCAGCUUGGGCAGAGUUCUCCCCCUCUUUCAUUAAGGAGGACAAAUGAGGGGGGAAUUUUCAACACUUCCUUCCUCCCCCUUUGUUAAGAAUUUUUCAGUGCAUUUUUUUUUAACCUUGUCUCAAUGGGAAAUGGUUUACUCCCAACACAAUAGAAUAUUCUGGAAGGUAUAGGUAAAAUAAAAACAACCAAAAAACAAAAACAAAAAAAGGUUAUGACUAUAUUAAAAUUAACACCACUAAACUGUGAUCAGUUAAAAAAA